UCUCGCGAGAUUUCGACUAGUUUACUUGAGUGAAUGCCACGUCUUACCAGUAGCAUCAACGUAGACAGAAAUAACAGCUGUUUAUCGAAUAUAUUGCACGCAGAACAGAGAGUUAUCCAGCGGCCCCACAGGCAGUGAUAUCUGACACAACCCGGGGAUAAUAUGGGCUGUGAACGUCUGCUGGCACUGACGGUGGUAACAUCUGUAGUACUCCUUUUGGCCCUCCAUUCAACCAUCGCUCAUAGCCAUUCCCAUGGGGACCACGGACAUGGCCACCAUCACCAUGGCCACUCCCAUGGAGAAGACGAUCAUGGCGCUCAUGUGAAGAUGUUCCACGGAGCGAGCAAGUGGAGCGCCGAGGCCAACCUCCCUCUAAAGGAAGAGGAGCACCACGGACACGGUCAUGAUCACGGGCACGGUCAUGAUCACGGGCACGCUCAUGAUCACGGGCACGCACACGCUCAUGAUCACGGGCACGCACACGCUCAUGAUCACGGGCACGCUCACGCUCAUCAGGAAGAUGUUGUUCGGGUGCACAAGGAGAAGCGUGGACACGGGCACUCGCACGGAGAGAAGAAGGAGGUGGAGAAGAGAGACAUCGUGGAGCUCUGGACUCAGGCUAUUGGAGCGACCCUGCUGAUCAGUGCGGCUCCUUUCUUCAUCCUGUUUCUGAUCCCAGUUCAAUCCAACAGUGACCAGCAUCAGAACCUUCUCAAGGUACUGCUCAGUUUCGCCUCAGGUGGACUGCUGGGUGACGCCUUCCUCCACCUCAUACCUCAUGCUUUGGAGCCUCACUCUCAUCAUGAAGAAGAUCACGGACACUCACACACAAGUGAAGAGUCACAUGACCAUGGUCACUCCCACGGAGCUGCCCAUGGCCACAUGAUGUCAGUGGGCCUGUGGGUUCUCGGCGGGAUCAUCGCCUUCCUGGUUGUAGAGAAAUUUGUGCGUCUGCUGAAGGGAGGGCACAGUCACGGACAUUCACACGGCCACUCGCAUGGUGCACCCAAGGAAAAGGACAGUGAUGGAGAAGAAGAGAAGGAAAAGAAGAAGAAGAAAGAUGACAAAGAAAGCAAAGACAAGAAAUUGCCAAAGAAAGAGGAGAAGAGCACAGACAUUAAGGUGUCAGGUUACCUGAACCUGGCAGCUGACUUUACACAUAAUUUUACUGACGGCCUGGCAAUCGGAGCGUCGUUCCUGGUUGGUCCAGCAGUCGGUGCCGUCACCACCCUCACCAUCCUGCUGCAUGAGGUCCCACAUGAGAUAGGAGACUUUGCGAUCCUUGUCCAGUCUGGCUGCACCAAAAAAAAGGCUAUGUGUCUACAGCUGCUGACAGCGCUGGGAGCUCUGGCCGGCACAGCUUGUUCCCUAUUGGCAGAGGGCGUGGGCGCUGCGGCGACCGCAUGGAUCCUGCCCUUCACAGCCGGCGGGUUUGUUUACAUUGCCACAGUGACCGUGCUCCCAGAACUGCUGGCGGGCCGCUCCAGUUUUGGCCAGUCGCUAAUGGAGAUUCUGGCCCUGCUGUUCGGAGUCGGCAUGAUGGUGCUGAUCGCUGAGUACGAGUGAGACACAGCAGAGUGGACAGGAGCCCCCACAGUGAGACAGGGAACAGAGAGGGACAGCUCAAAAAUGGUUGGAAAAGAAUGGUGAUUUUAAGUAGAGUUCAAUUGAAUUAUUUGUCAGAGGUGUGUUUUCUUGUCAUUUGUUUUUUUUUUUUUUAUUAUCAGUUCUGUUUUGGGACAAACGCCACCUACUGAUGCCGAAUGGAUGAUUUUUGUUAUGUAUUUUUUAGCAGGUCACAUUCCUCUAUUUUUUUUUUUAAUUUUUUUUUUUUUUUUUUUUUUGCUCAGCAAGAGAGACUGAGAGCUGGAAAGAGACAAUGUGAUGUUUUCGGGGACUGCUGUGUUGUUCACUGAGGGCAAUCAGUCCCAAAAUUCACCCAUCACUUUCACUACAUGGAUCAUUCAGCUACAGUUUUACAGCAGCUUAAACUGACGGCCAGUCCCUUCCAGAAGUGGCUUAAAGUAGUUAAAUUUUCUAGCCAUAACGCGUUUUCUAUCAUUUAGCAAGUGGCUGGUCCUUUAAAACUAGUAAAACUAAUAAAACUAUUUCAGAGUUGGGUCAGCGAAAGAGCAGCGAUGGUCUGGCUCAGUGACCUUCUCACUUACACAUGUUUCUGUUUCCUUUGGAGAUAUUGAAUGUUAAUAUUUUUACAUUCCGCAAAAUAAAGGUAAAUGUUGUGGCUUCUA